CCAACUGUCUUUCAUUUCAAAGAACCUCGAUCCACUGCAAAAGACAGGAUCAGAUAUGGUUAUAUAUGAUAGCUAAAGACAGAAAUGUGUCUUUUGUUGUCUAUCGGUGCAAGCAUCUCUCCACAUCAGUUUUUUGUUCCUUUAUUUAGGGUAAUCACAAUUUCAAUACACAUCUUACGUGUCUCCAGGCCGGGGGUGCCCAGGGACAAUACAGGUAUCAUACCUGGCUGUUGUGUGUGUUUGUAUUAUAGGUGUUCCAGAAAUAUAAUGGUGAAUCAGAUCUCGCUCCACUAAGCUUCAGCAAUGAAUCAAUUCUUUACUUGUAUGAAAACACCGACCAGUGUGGGGGAAAUCUGGUGUACUUAGCGGAGAAUUUGACAGAUCAUCAGCUAUCGCUACCUAAACACGUUGUCUUUAAAUCGAUCUAGCAUUAAGUAACAAGGAUUUAACAUAAAUACAACUAUUUGGUAACACUAAACCUGCUACUAAGACGUUUAACAUGGAAUUGUGAAACUUCACUUCUUUUGCUACUAGCCAGGCAAUACGAAAGGAUCAAUGGGCCCUAGGGAUGUGUAAUGGUUCAUGUGCAGGAUUCAAUACACACAUAAAGAUUUAUAUGUCAACCCCAACACGGAGAUAAAAGAAACGAAUGAAUGGGCUGAGUGAAAUACGAAGAGAUAGAACUUUAUGUCUUGAAUUCCAAGCAGUUCUUAAACUUUGAAGAAAAAAUGGAGACUAUAAAGCAAAUUCAGGACGAGUUCCUCGUUUGCCCCAUGUGUCACGAGCGAUACAAAGGACCAAAGCUUUUGCCAUGUCUUCAUAGCUUUUGCCGCUCGUGCCUUACUCGUGAUCUCGAAAAAAGUACAGGGAAGAAUCUGCAACCGGAAGUGAAUGGAAAUUCGGACGAAAAUACGGCGUUGAAGAACUCCAAGCUUUACAACUGCCCAGUGUGUAAAGCCGAUAUACACAUUAGUAUACCGUCGGGAAAUAAUAACACCGACCAGUGGGCUGAUCUGUUUCCAGACAACAGUUUUAUUCAAAACAUGAUUGAAAAAAUACAAAUGUUCACCGAAACCAAGAAUUGUGAAUCAUGCACCCGCGAGGGAGACGAGGAGCCAGCCAAGGCAGAGGUGUGGUGUCAGACAUGUAGAGUGGCCUUCUGCGACGCUUGUAUCAAAGCUCAUAACAUCAUAAAGGCAUGUAGAGAACACCAAGUGAUGCCUCUCAACAACAUGCUUCAAGAUCCAGUUCAGAGUAUAAAAGAAAACAAAAAAGAAAUUCAAUGCCCCUACCACAGGGAGAAGAUGAUAGAGUACUACUGUGUCGACUGUCAUGUCACCAUCUGCUCGUCUUGUGUGGCGAUGCAGCACAGAAGAUGCGAGAUAGUUGAAACGAUUAGAGAAACGGUCCAGAAAUUGAAUCCCGAGAAAGAGUAUAUCAAGAACGAUCUUGAACUCCAGUCAACAGUGAUCGAGGAAUGGGAAAAGGAGCAUGUCCGAGAAUUGUCCGAACUGACGACCAACAAGGAGAAUUUGAUCAAGGAAAUGUCCGGUCUUCGGAAAAAAGUAAACGAAGUCUUGUUAAACCUAGAGAACAAACUCGUUGACUCUUUGGAUCAGAAACAUAAAGACACACUCGUUGAAGUAAAUGAACGCUUGAAAGACGUUGAGGAAAUGAAGAAGACGCUAAUGAAUACGACUAGAUUCAUGAACUACUUGAUGGAGUUCGGAAGUGAUUCAGAGGUCGUGUCUGUGUUCGAUGUCAUCAAAGUUCAGACGGACGAUAUGAGAGCGACCAUCCAAAAGGCCAAAACCAACAAACUCAACACUAGAUUCAAGCUCGCACUAGACCCUGCUAUACAAAGAGUGUUAGAAAUGAAAUCCUUGGGGAAAAUUGUCGACAUGGUAGACCUGAAUGCCAACGGACUGAAGAAUUAUCAGCCUGUUGAAAGAAAUUCUUCUAUAAAAAGGACUGGAACAUUUCGAGUAGAAAGGCCACCCCAGCCCCCUUCUUCUCUGCACUCAAGCUCAUCGGCCUCUUCAACAUCCAACGAGUCAAUAAGCUCGCAGGAAAUGGCUCCCAUGAGACCGAGAAGAAAUCAGCCAAUCAAGCCGAGUUUGCGAGAAAGUAUGGGACUAAAAACUCCGAGGCCAUCUAUUGAAACGCCUUCUCCUGGAAGCGGAAGAAAGACGCCUCCUGCAAAGUCAGGAACAAUGCCAAGGACAAUAAGAGUGCAGCGACCUCAGAGUGUCACCAGAACAAAAUCGUCUGGAGGUUUGGACGGAUCAAAAGAUAAGACUGGCAUCUCAAACGUUCGAGCCACCACGCCUUCCAACGUUCGUGACCGACCAACCACGCCUUCCUCCAGGCUGUCAAAUGUUCUCUCCCCGCGCACUUCUAGGAGAGAUGCUCCCCAACCUCCGCCUCGGCCGAAGUCGGCAGGAAAACGUGAAGUUAGCACCGUCAAAACGCCAUCAAAGGAGGAACUAGCUAAAGAAAACAAAAGGAAAUCCAAUGAAAACGUGACUCCCCAGGCACCAGUUAAAUCAAAAGGUCUUCUACAGAUGUUUUCGUUCAAUGGAAGAACAGACGGCGAUGCCAAGAAAUGUUGGCCGCUAGAUGUGGCUGUUCUUGAAGAUGGCACUCCUGUCAUAACAGACUUUCAUAAUAAGAAAAUCAAAGCAUUUGAUGCCACUGGGACUGUUAUGGGAGAGAGUGCAGUACCUAGCUGGCCUCAUGGCAUCGUUGAUGUGUCCAGCUGUGAACUGGCGGUGACCCUACCGGAACUGUCCACCAUCAUGUUCGUAGUUGUUCAAGAAACAAGCAUGCGCAUACGUAAGAGAAUUCGCACCAGUAAACAGUACCGCGGUGUGAGCUGUGACGCAAUCACGUGCCCCGGAACUCCAUCCCUUGUGGUCACGUGUUGUGCUGCUGGGAUGCAGUGUGUAGAUGUUUUGACUCUAGAUGGCGGUCUUCUACAAACUUUCCGAGAUGAUUACAGACAUAAGGGGCAGCUUCUUUUCACGUGGCCUUACUAUGUGACGUGCAAUACUCAAGGCGAGGUCGUUGUAUCUGACUGCCAAUCAAAGAAUGGCAUCAUCUGCCUCUACCGGAAUGGGAAAGUACGAUACGAGGCAAACUUGAAUCAAGACAUCAUCAGGGAUCCGCGCGGUAUUUGUACAGACCAAUUUGGAAACAUAUUCAUUGCAGACAAAACUGGAAAUGCUGUCCAUUGUCUUAACAAUGAAGGGGAUUACCAGUCUGUUUUGAUCAAUGAAGCGGAUGGCUUGCAUAGUCCCAUUGCAGUUUGUCUGAGUCCAUUUGGCCAGUUGGUUGUCACCCAAGAAAACGGUGACAUCAAAGUGUACAAGCAUAGCUAGUCUAGAACCUAUAUAUAUGAAAGGGCGUAUGAAAGAGGGACAACUCUAUUUCAUAUGAAUUCUCUAUAAUUUAAUACAUUAUAUUACAUGCAUUCUAAUAUUGAAUAAAUCAUAUUGUAUUAUAUAUAUGCAACUGGUUCAAUGAUUUAUUUGAAAGUUGGAAUUAAGUUUAAUAAAUAAAAAGUCUAUCAAACGAA